AUCUCUGGGCAGGCUAUUCGGUUUGGUUACACUACUGGAUUGAACGCUUCCAUCAACAUUAUGCCACUGCGGUUUUCGCUAUCCAUAACAUUGCUGCGGUUUGCUCUCGUACGCAAUCCCGGGGUGGGUGGUUGCCAUGGUUUCUUGGGUCACAUGCGUGGGUUUCCUGUAGCCAGAAAGCAGCAGCAGCAGCAGAAGAUGCUGGCUCAAACAAUUCAUAGCCAUUUUCAUUCAGCAAAUUAAACGGAUAAUUCGCGUUGGAAAACAUUUAUCCGGCAUUAUAGCGCUGGCAGUCUUAUUUCUCUCUCUCUCGUAUUUGAUACUGAAUACAUUUCUUGUUUUUGGGAAGCACCAUCGUUUACAUUUUACUCAUAUUUCUCAUUGAAUUGGGAUCAGGAAUGAGUAUAGAAAUUCCUGAAGGAUUGACGGAGCUAUUGCAGAGCUUUACCGUGGAAGUGUUGAGAAAUCAGCCAGGGGAUUUGCUCGAGUUCGCUUUGCAGUAUUUCACCCAACUGAAGGACAGUGAGACCAGGGGGGCCGCAUUUGGCAAUGACCAAAUUUCGGCCACGCGAUCCAGUGGGAAAGCGGUCAAUUUCAUCGACGAGGCCAUGCAGAUCGAUUCUGAGAAUGGAGAGGAGGAGAGUGACGACGAGGAAUUCAUAGCUCCUGUGAUGAGUCGAUUCAUUCGAAGAGCAUCAGUUUGUGCUGAGGCCUUCAACCCUGAUGAAGAUGAUGAAGAAAAGGAACAGAGGGUCACCCAUCCUAAAACCGACGAGCAGAGGCAGAGGCUCCAGGAGGCUUGCAGAGACAUCCUGCUGUUUAAAAACCUAGACCCGGAACAGUUUUCCCAAGUACUUGACGCCAUGUUUGAAAAGUUCUUUGAGGUGGGAGAGCACAUCAUAGACCAGGAUGACGACGGGGACAACUUCUACGUCAUUGAAAGAGGGACCUUUGACAUCUGUAUGCGAGUUGAUGGUGUGGAGAAGAUGGUGGGGUCUUAUGACAACAAGGGGAGCUUUGGUGAACUGGCCCUGAUGUACAACACUCCCAGGGCCGCCACCAUCAUUGCCACCUCGCCAGGAGCCCUGUGGUGCUUGGAUCGUCUGACGUUCAGGAGGAUCAUUGUGAAGAAUAACGCGUUGAAGAGAAGACUUUAUGAGGAGUUUAUUCAAUCACUUCCACUGCUGACAUCGUUAGAGCUUUCUGAGAGAAUGAAGGUGGUGGAUGUGCUGUCCUCCAAAGCCUUCAGUGACAGAGAACAGAUUAUCGCUCAGGGUGAUCUAGCAGAUUGUUUUUAUAUAGUAGAAUCUGGUCAAGUUAGAAUCACCAUGAAGAGAACCAAGACGAAAAAAGACCAAGACGAGGAGGAGGUGGAAAUAGCUAGUUGCUCCAGAGGGCAGUACUUUGGAGAACUGGCCCUGGUCACAAACAAACCCCGAGCUGCUUCGGCUUACGCUGUGGGAACCGUCAAGUGUUUAGUUAUGGACAUACAAGCAUUUGAGAGGUUGCUGGGGCCAUGCAUGGACAUCAUGAAGAGGAACAUUGCUAAUUAUGAAGAACAGCUGGUUACUCUGUUUCACAGUACCAUCACUGACACUGAGGAGAAAACCCCAUGACUACUGUACCAGCACGGGUAGGCAGACUGAGACGGAUGCACUAAAAAGAUGACGACGUUGUAAAUCGGCUGCCGGAAAAUUGAGAAACAUGCCACUGUAUGGAAGAUGAGUCUUUUUCAUGACCACAUUUUAUUGAGUAUUUUGUUUUUGGAGAUGGGAAGAGCAGUGUGUUACCGUUAGGGCUUUAAAUCGGUUGAGGCGAAAUGCAUAGGGUUGAUUCCGGAUGACGAAUCUCAUUCCCAGACACUUCUGCCCAGAUGUGUGCAGUAACCUGGGCUGAUGUAACCAGAGGACAUACAACGGUAUGUUUUAAAGAGGUUUGGACUUGGAGUAAUAUUUUUUUUUAAGCAAAGAUAUGUGUUAGUCCACCACUUUAAUGUUCAUAUUUUCUGUCCUCUCAAUGUUCCUCUGUGUAUUUUUCACUGCUGUGCUUUUUAUCGAAUCUAUCAUUGACAUUUUAAGUCACUUGUUUGCUUGUUAUUGAUAACUUAUGUAUUGGCCUUCAUUUGAUAAUACCAUGUUUCUUUUAAAAUCAUGUGCCAAAGGUAAUCCCCUCAUUGUUAAAAUAUGACUGUGUGAACAAAUCUGCCAUUUAUGCAUUUGCACAUUAAAAGUGUUCGUAAUUUGAUGUGUUCAUGUUGACUUCCAGUCACUUGCCGUAAGGAUGUUGUUUAUAAAAGUGUAGUCUAAAGGAUGAAAGGGAACAGACUUUGUUCUUCCUGGCUUUGCGAUCACCACUAGGAAACAGUGGUGCAAACCAAUGACCAUGCCAUUCAAGGGAUGAAUUGGAAAUGCAUGCUGAUUUCCUAGUGUUGCACUCUAUGGCUGUUUUGAAAAAAGAAAUGAUUUGAAAAUAAGAGAGCAACGAUUAAUCCUGACAUACCCAUUGUUCUUAUAUCAUUUUUUGUGUUUUUUCCACAUACAUUUGAUUUUAAUCCCAAUAACAUAUCUAUUGCUAAAUGUAAUAUAUUCUCUAAUGUGUGAGAAUAAGACAUUAUAAAUGGCAUACUUUUGUACAUGACAAAUACAUGAAAAAAACAUGGCUAAUAGUUUUGUAAGGGUACACACUGUUGGCUGACCAUGUAAGUAUUUGAUAUUAGGCAAGAAUUAGACCUUCAAGCUCCUGAUUCCGCAGAACUGCAGCACACGUAGAUCCUAGUCACCUUAAAAGGUAUAUUCCUACAUAUUACUGCCUUUGUUGGGCUAGUUCAUAACCAUGUUUUUCAUAUGUAAUUUAAAUUUAAAAUGUUUGGGUAUUCAACUCACGCACCAGUGUAACAAUAUAUGCAUUAUUUUGCCAUAAUUGGUCAUAUUCUGUCCCGAAUGUCAUCCUAUUACCUCCCCAACGGGGCACUACUUUUCGCCGGAGUACUGUGGCCAAUGGUCAAAAGUGGUGCUCUGUGUGAGGACUGGGUGUCAUUUGGGAUCCAGCUGUCUACCUCUACAUGAUGAAUAAGAAAGAACCUGUAUCUCUGGAAGCAGUGCACAAUGGAUCUAUGAAUCUCCCCUUUUUCCUCUAUCUGCCUCUCUUUGCCUCAUUAUCUCUCAUUAACUCAUGCUUCUCUAUUUCUCACUUCUUGUUCGAUCUGCCUCUUUUCUGAGUCUCCCCUCUCUUUCGGUCGCUUUGUAAUUCUCUUUCUUUCUCAUUCUCUCUGUCAGUGGCAGGCUCAUUUCAUGUUGUUUGCUUUCCAUUGUGUUUUUGUUUCCUGUGUACAAAAUUGAGCUCCGCUCACAAUUUGUUUUGUACACAGCCGUUUUUCUUUCUGAAACCAUGCCGUAACCCUCAUCAUAGCUUUGUGCUGGCAGUGCUGUUGAUUGUUUUAAAUAAUGGCCAUAACAGAAUAUGGACAUGUGGACAUUUAAUUCCAGUAUAAUUGUCUGUUGUUGGUUCAUCACAAUAAAGACGUUUUUUUUUAA